UGUAGGUCACGCUUAUAAAGUUCGGACGUGUUAGGUGAGGCAUGGCGGCUUCUGGUGUGUUAGUCAGCUGUUCUGGUGCUGUGUUAUCUUCCUUACUGUAUGAACAACUGAGGAGUGGCCAUGCUCAGGAAGGAUUUUUACUGGGUCAAGUACAGAGUCACAUCAGUGAACACAUUAGUGACUCCCAGAUCUGCAACGAGAAGAUGGAAACUGUCAUAAAUCUGUCGUCUUUUCUACCUUGUACAAUGAUUGGUACAUUCUACUCGGGUGCAGGUGCUCUUAAUAAUGAAAAACUUACAAACUAUUUAGGAUCAAACUUACAGCGUGUUAUAGGCUGGUACCGUUGCCGGGGGUCAAAUUGUGAAGACUUGUAUCUUCGGGAAACAAUGGUACACCAGCAACUGUCAGCAGUUAUGACACACACGGGUGGACACUUCAUAGUGGGCAUCAUGUCCAGCCACCCUUCUGGAGAUAGUGGGACAUUUACUGUCAACCACAAGUUCAUGAUGCUGCAGAACAAGCGUCUUGAAGGUGUUCCUCUCCAAGUGGUCAACAUAGGUGACACAUCAACUACAGACUAUCUCCUCAAGCCUCAGAAUCCAGCACUUUAUUCUUCUAAUGCUGUUCAGACAGUGCUCUCUAAGAUAAACAGUGGUGAACCGGGGGUAUUGGAAGCUGAAACUCUCCACACCGGAUUGCUGAAAAAAUUAGAGAUACUCUUACCAGAAUUCUCUUCUGCUCAGGAGGACCUUGAGAAAGUCCUCAAGGAAGUAGUCCAACUCAGGGAAUUGUGCAAUGCCCACAAUAUUAAACCAGACUUCACACCUGAAGCAUUCCAGGCUGUGGAGGCACAGGAUUUAAUGGAUUUUGAUGAGAUUUCUGGAUCUCCUGUUAAUAUAUUACAGGCCACCAAGGGUUGCAAACAAGUCAAUACAAAAAGUCCAUUGCCCAGAAAAGGCUCAGGGAGAGGUAGAGAUAUCAAGGAAGAAAAAAGUACUUCAGAAUCGUCAGACCCUUUUGGAUUUGUAAAUACAGAAAUGGAAAAACUUCAGGUAAAGACACGUGGUUCUCCAUCAGGUAGGGGUUCUAGGUCCAGGACAAACACUCCAUCUCCAGGUCGUAUUCUAACCAAAUCAAAAUCUGCCUUGAACACCUUACAGCGAACUCCACCAAGACGAUGCUCAGAAUCUGCUGGUUCGAAUGAUGGGAGUCCGGUACCAGCUAAUAAACGACAUAAAGAGAACAGUUCAUUAGCUUCUGCCUCAUCGGAUAUGAAAAUAACUUCUGAGGAAGGUGUAGGUAAGGGGAAGCCAAAACCAAAUCGGGCUAUUACGCGCACAGCUUCAAAAGAGAGUAAUUCACCUGCCAGGACUACAAGAGGUCGAAGCCCAUCUGUUACAAGUUCUGUGGGAAGUAAACCUGGUAGACCUAAAGUGCGUAAGGCUUGGUCUGAAAAAUCUGCAUCUGACUCUCAGGAUUUCUGAAUUUGGGCCAGUUAGAAUUCAAAGAUACCAUAUUUUUUAAUCUUUAUGAAUAAUAUUGAUUUGUAAAAAUUUUUUAACUUGUGUGAUACAAAGACUGAAGAAGGUUUGCAGUUGAUUUUUUAUGGAGUACUCAACAGGGUAAGUAUUGAGGAUUUUGGAUUCCUAGUACUGUACUCAGUAAGUGAUGACAAUAAAUUUACAUAAGUGUCCUUUGUACAAGUGUGACAGAAAUGAUUCCUACCUUUGAAACCAUGAAAGUGCUCUUUGACAAUCCUUUGGAUUACUUAUAAAACAAGGUAUUGCCUUUUGUACUAGUUUUUAUAAUGUACUGUAUCAUAAAUUUUGUUAAGGAAGUAAGAUGUUCAUAAGAAAUAUACCUAUCACUUUUUUUCCCUUUCAUAAUCAUAAACUCUUCAACCACUUUUUUAUAAAUCUUGAUUACAAUCUUAGUAAUGAAAUGUCAUUGAGAAUAAUUUUCAGCUUUGUCAACAGGUCUUUAUGUUGCUUGGUAUAAGCAACUUAAAAUAUAAUAUCCGAUGCGUUGCCUCGCCUUUUUCCUUAUAAAGACCAUAAAAUACAUAUCAUAAGAUGUAGUAUUAUUUCCUAGUCAUUUUUUUUAAGCGAUACACUAUUCAUAGAUUUUAAAAAUUUUCUUCGGUUACUAUAUGUUUGCUUUUCUUACUAUUUUCUGACUAGAUUAGUUGAUUCAUAAGCACCUAUCUCAGUUGAACCCAACAUUAAUUGAUUAAUUGGGGGAUAAAUGUUUUCAGCAUAGCAUUGACAUUUCACUGGACAAAAUUAUUUAU